GUGGGGAGAAACCAUUUAUGGACAUGCGUACAUUCUCUCCCUCUCAAUUUUUCUAAUUAGAGAUUAGAAAACACAAACGUCGCACCACACCGCACCCUCUCCCUCCCCCACAACAAUCCCGACGACAUGGCUUCCGAAACCCUCCAAAUCGAGUCAAUCCCCAUCGUGGACCUCCGCUUCCUCUCCCAAUCCGAUCUCCACGCCCUCUCCCACUGCUCCAUCGCCUCCUCCUCCUCCUUCGACCCCCGCCGCUCCGACGACCUCGUCAUCCCCCAGAUCGACCGCUCCGUCUUCAACGAGUCCGCCGGCAGCCGUAAACAGACCUACUCCCGACUCCGCCUCGCCCCCCGCAAGCCCCUUUCCUCCUCCUCCUCCCUCCCCCGCCGCACCCCUGCCGCCGACGAUACCGACCCCGAACGCGCCGAAAACCACCAAAUCAUCGGCCUCCUGAAACAACUCUUCGCCCCCAAACCCAGCGGCGACGACCUGGUCCCGAUUCGUGUCGAGUACGGCGAGUCGGCCACCGAGUUUCCCAAUGCGGGCCGUGAAUCAGUGGCGGAGGGAAAUAGUGAAUUGAAGAAGAGGAAGAGGGGGAGGCCUGGUAAGAGUGAAAUUAGGGCAGUGGUGGGUGUAGAAGGAGGCAAUGCUGUGGUUAAGGAUAUUGUUGUGUUUAAGGAGGUUUUUGAGGAUAGGGACAAAGAGAUUUUGAAGGAAGAUGUGAAUUUGGAGGCACUGGCGAGUGUGGAGGAUCCGUACGACGUGGAGUUGCUGAGGAGGACGGAGAAUUUGAAGACGGAGGAGGAGGUGCUGGGCUACUUGGGGGAAAUAAAUGGAAAGUGGGGGACUUGGAGGAGGAAGAAGAAGAUUGUGGAGGCAAGCGAGUUUGGAGAUGCGCUGCCUAAGGGAUGGAAGCUCUUGGUUUCCAUCAGGAAGAAACAAGGCCGUGUUUGGCUAUUCGUCAGUCGAUACAUGAGUCCUAAUGGACAGCAAUUUAUGUCGUGGAAGGAAGUUUCCCCUUAUUUGCUUUCCUUCUUUGGACUCCCAAAUGCCGAUCAUACAAACUUUGGUCAAAGCAAAGAAAAUAAUCAGUUGAAUUGCAAAAUGGCUAUUGAAAAUGCUGCAGAUCUCGCUUUCAAAGAGAGAAACAAUAGGGGAGAGCUUGUUAGCUAUUCACCAUCAGUCAUUACUUAUCUCACAAAUCAUGAUGAUAAGCAACUCAGUUCAGAGGUAGGGAAUUCCGAUCAAAUGGGAGCGAUUUUGAAGUGCAAGAAGUGCACCAUGACUUUUACUGAGAAGGAUGAUUUAUUGCACCACCAGUUGUCAUCCCAUCGGAGAAGGAGAUCUAGACUUGGAACAUCCGUCACUGAUGGGGUGAUAAUUAAAGGUGGACAAUACGAGUGUCAGUUCUGCCAUAAGACAUUUGAUGAAAGGCAUCGUUAUAAUGGUCAUGUUGGGGCCCAUAUAAGACACCACAUGAAGAGUGAUGAAGCAUCACCAGGAGUUUUGAGCAUGCAAAAUAAUGUUGACCCUGUAACUGUUCCUUCAAAGGAGUCUAUGAUCCAAACCUCCGUCGAUGAUGACGAUGAUGCUAUGACACUUAGUGCCGAGACCGAUAUUGUACUGACGCCUGCUUCUCAAAGUAGAUGCCAGGUUGGCUCAGACAUAGAAAGUUGCACUGAAGUUAAGGUUUUGUCUGGUGAUGAACAGGACACACAGUCCAACUUUUGUAAAGGAAAUUCUGGUGAAGAAUGUCGUGUUCAGGACAAUAUAGACAAUAAGAUGAACAAUUGUGUUGGUGGUGUAGAUCAGGCUAAUGGUAUUGUUGCUGCUAAAUUUGGUUCUUGUUUGAAUUCUGAAAUUGCCAAGUCUGAUAAUGAGAAUAAUAUUAUUGGUGAGUGUGCUGCCAACGGAAGUAAAGACUCUCCUAUUCAACAGGAAAGAAUCUUGGAAAGCCGUCCAUGUUCACCCUUUGCUUCUGAGAAAACCUGUGAUGCUGAAAUCAAUGUCAACAGGGAACCUAUUAUGGUAGAGGAGACAAAUAAGGAAGCAAGUUCCAAACGUGUUUCACUUGCUCCCAAUCAUAAUGAAAAAGCAUGCUGUAUUGGAAAUACGGAGGAUGUGGAUAAAACUAGCCCAAUGGGAGGUCCUGAACCUGAUACAACGUAUUUUGAUAGUAAGCUAUCUGGUUAUGAGCAAACUUGGGGUGUCAAAAGUGAUGCGUGUAAUAUUAAUGCAAACAAAUUGGAGGAGCCUAAGCUUGAUGAAGUUCAAACUUACGAGAAUAAUGGGAUUGGUUUGGGCACACAUCACCGAAGAGUCAAUACACAGGAGAUGAGCCUUGAAUUUGGUUCAGUUAUUCUAUCUGGGAAUGAGAAAACUUUUGUUGAAGAAAAUGUAAAUGAGAAUUGCAGUAUCACAGAGGUACUACCCAAGCAGAAAGGGAGUUUUAGUGAUAGUUUCCUAAUUCAGUCUUGUACUGGGAAAAACUUUGGCGAUUUUUAUACUACGAGCACCAUUGAGGAGCCCAAACCUGACAAAGUCCAAAACUCUAGUAAUAGUGGGCUAAUUCUUGCUUUUGGCAACAAUAGUACUGGAAUAGUUGCUGAUGGUAUGGACAAUGGUCCGAUUGAGCAAACGUUUCGUUUUGAAAAUGAUCUUAGAAUUGAAAACAGCAGAAUAGGCAAGGAUCCAAAAGAAGAAAGUAGCUUAUUUGGUUCAUCUUAUUACUCCAGAAUGGGCGCUUGUGAAAAUAAUAUGGACAGGGUCAACACUGGUAGAGUUUGGGAGGGGCCCAUGAUUAAUGAGGUGGGAAGUUCUGGGUCUGACAACUUGAUGAUUGGUUUUGGCAGUACUAACUCCCAAUCAGUUGGGGAUGUGAUUCCUGGCUAUAUGUGGAGAAAUGAUGAAGGAAAUAUCUUGCAGAGCACUUUAGCUGAUACUUCAACCCAGAUGGAGCAAUCCUCAGGCUGUUACCCCACUUUCACUCUAUUCUCAGAUAAGGGUGAAAAUGAGCUCCUUGAAGUUAAUGGGAAGUAUGACAGCAUGCUAGGUUUUGAAGGGGCACAAUCAGGUCAUAUUGAACCUGUGGAGUUCAGUUUUCUGACCACACAAAAUUUGAGUUCUCUUCAAGGAGACUCUAAGGCAAUGUCAUACAAUACGGAGGUUGGCCCAGGAUUUGAUUCGUCGUUUUGGCUUGAAAAGGAUGCUUUAUCACUGAAUACAGCUGCCAACAAUCUAGUUACUUCUGUAUGUAUCUGGUGCACAAAUGAAUUCCAUCAUGAUCCUGCUCAAGCUGGUACACAAACAGGCGCAAUUGGUACCGUGUGUCCAAACUGCAGUGCAAAAGUUUCGCAGCAAUUUAAUUUCUUCUAGAAUGGCUGCUUGUGCUUGAAAACUCCAGUGGCCACAAUGACGCAUAUGAUCUUGAAUUCUUUAUCCAAGGUAAUUCUUCUUUAAUAACUGAGGCAUGUGGGAGACACUGGCGGGGUAGCAUUUCUCCAAGUGUAGGUACAUCAUGUCCCUCAAUGGUUGUCCCAUGCAAGAGUGCAUGUUUUGGAGUUCUGGUACGACUCCCUUCCACUUCUGCUGGAGAUUGUGUCAAGAAUCCAAUAUCUUUCUUUUGUCCAAAGGAUUUUUCAUAUCCUCAUUGUUAGGAUAGAUGAUUCUUUUGUCUUGUGUUUUUUUGUUGAUUCUUUUUUCUUUGCUGCAAAUAUAGUUGUUAAAUUGUUAGCCCCGCAUUGAGACACCAUCUUGGUGACCACGAGUUGCAAGGCAUUUACUUUUAGAGAAGUAUGUUUUCUUCUUUAACAGGUGAGAACAGGAAAGCAAACUGGACGGCCUUUGGCUUUGACUUGGUUAUAGACAGGCUCAUAGUAUAUUUGUUUCUUAUUUUGUUGAA